CUAAAUCUAUAUAUAUCAUUUUCAAUCUUGACUUAGUCCUUUAGAAAAUUCCACUAGCUCUCUCUUUGUCUCCCAUUUGAUUUUUAUAUUCUGGUUUAUUUUUGUUUAAUCAAAAUAUUAUCUACUCUGCUUUAACUCGAACCAACCCCCACAAAAAGAAACAACUUUUCAGAUAUCAAUCAUGUUCUCUCCAGUACUCUUCAGAUUCUCUAAACCCGAUUCUUUUCUGGUCUUGCUCUUUUUCUUGACCUUUUUUCACCAGCUACCUUGUGCUUUAAGUAAAGGAGAGGUUAGGUUAUGUGAUACUCUGUUUCAGUGUGGGAAUCUCACAGCCGGUUUCCCUUUCUGGGGAGGGGGUCGACCAGAACCAUGUGGUCAUCCUUCUUUGGUGCUUCACUGUCACGAGAGCAAGACUUCCCUGAUUAUCUCAGAUCAGAUGUACCGUGUUCUCCAAAUAGACAAUUCAUCUAACACUCUUAGACUUGCGAGGCAAGACUUUUUAAAUGAAUCAUUCUGCUCUGCUACAUUCACCGGCACAACGUUGACUUCUGAACUCUUCGAGCUUUUGCCAGACUAUAAGACCCUCUUUGUUUACUACCGCUGUAACCCUACAUAUCAUAAUCCCACAAAUUUUUCAUGUCCAAAUAUUGGUCUUGCCUCGGUGCAUCAGGAUAAUAACUACCAUGAACACUGUAGCGCGAGUUUCGACAUAACUGUUCCAACGACUUAUGAUCUGGGCGAGGAUGCUUUGAAUUUGACCCAUUUAGGAAGUGUACUAAGAUAUGGAUUCAAGGUGAAGCUGAAGAUUGAUGAGAGACUGUGCCAAGGAUGUCAAACCAGUGGUGGAAUCUGUGAAUACCGUGUUGCAACUCCGGUUUGUUGCAAGAGAAACUCGUCAUCAGAAAUCAAAUGCACUUCGAUGAUUCCAUCUGGUACCACUGUUGAUGAGCGUCACAUAAAGUGCACUCCUGGGUUUAAAUGCGGCAAUCAUACAGAGCUCUAUUAUCCAUUCUGGACAGCUGAUAGAGAAGAGUGCGGUCACCCGGAUUUCAAGGUCAACUGCAGCGGAGAUCUUGCCGAGUUUAGUAUAUCCUCGGCGGUUAAGUUCCAAAUCCUUGAGAUGAACUAUGAGUCUCGUAUAAUAAGACUUGCCAGAAAGGAUUAUCUCAACAAUCUUUGUCCCGAGGACUCUGAGAGCGCACCAAUCAACCAAGAUGUUCUUCCAUUUUAUAAAGACACUGAAUUGCUAACUCUCUUCUACGACUGCCCUGUUCCAACUGUAGAUUUUCAUCUUGGUGAUCACAUUAGUCAGCUGCAGUGUGGGGAUGAUACUGAUGAGAAAAUUUACUUUAUGAGAAAAGAGAUCUCAUCUUCACAGGAGUUGGUUGGAGCAAAAGAGGUUAGGUCAUCCUGCAAAAAGACCAUCGAACUUCCAGUUUCUCGAUCUGCCUUUAAAACAACAGAGAUAAAUCAGAGUCCGGAUACUAUAAAGAAAGCUCUUGGUAAAGGGUUCGAGCUUAAAUUCAAUCGUGAUUGUUCCCGAUGCGUAAAAUCAAAGGGGGCUUGUGGAUACAAUCGGCACUCGAGAGAAUUCGUUUGCUAUUGUAUAAAUGAGCCACACAAGCAUUCUUGUGGAAAUAUGGGUCUCUCCAAAAAAGCGAAAAUAGGCAUCGGUUUUGCUUGUGGAUUCUUGGGUGCCAUUCUUAUCGUCGGAUGUUUGUUCUGCAUCUUCAUCCGGAGAAGGAAGAAACUAUCAGGUCAACACACAAACAAAGGCAUAUCAACAGCAACGACUUACUCGAGCAAUACAACUUCAACAACAAUAUCCGGCAGCAAUCAUUCUCUUGUCCCUUCAAUGUCUAACCUUGCAAACAGCGUCUACUUUGGAGUUCAACUCUUCAGCUACGAAGAACUCGAAGAAGCCACUGAAAAUUUCUCAAAAGAGCUUGGAGAUGGAGGCUUCGGUACUGUCUACUACGGUACACUAAAAGACGGACGAGCUGUAGCAGUAAAACGACUCUACGAAAGAUCAUUAAAACGCGUUGAGCAAUUCAAGAACGAAAUCGAGAUCUUGAAGUCGUUAAAACACCCAAACCUAGUCAUCCUAUACGGAUGCACAACAAGACACAGCAGAGAGCUACUCCUAGUAUACGAAUACAUCUCCAAUGGCACACUAGCUGAACAUCUCCAUGGAAACCAAGCACAAUCUCGUCCUCUUCUCUGGCCUACUCGACUCCAAAUCGCCAUCGAAACCGCAAGCGCAUUGUCCUUUCUCCACACCAAAGGAAUCAUACACAGAGACGUCAAGACUACUAACAUUCUUCUAGAUAGCAAUUACGAAGUGAAAGUCGCUGAUUUCGGACUCUCACGGCUUUUUCCAACGGAUCAAACUCACAUCUCCACCGCACCACAAGGCACUCCAGGAUAUGUAGAUCCUGAGUACUACCAAUGUUACCGUCUCAACGAGAAGAGCGACGUGUACAGCUUCGGAGUCGUACUCACCGAACUAAUCUCAUCGAAAGAAGCUGUAGACAUCACACGACACCGCCACGAUAUUAACCUAGCGAACAUGGCGAUUUCGAAAAUCCGAAACGACGCCGUUCACGAGCUCGCGGAUCUAUCACUCGGAUUCGAGAGAGAUGUUUCGGUGAAGAAGACGAUGACGUCGGUUGCUGAAUUAGCGUUCCGGUGUUUGCAACAGGAGAGAGAGGUAAGGCCAUCGAUGGAUGAGAUCGUUGAGGUUUUGAGAGGGAUUCAGAAGGAAGGGAUGCGAGAUUCGAAAGAUGUUGUUGUUGAGAUUGAUGUUAACGGUGGUGGUGAUGAAGUUGGAUUGUUGAAACAUGGUGUUGUUCCUCCGCCGUUGUCGCCGGAGACUGAUAAAAUGACGGCGAGUAGUUCGAAUACGACGGCGAGUUCGUUUUGAGGAGUGUAGGAACUAGGAAGAGACUCUGGACCUCACGCAGGGUUCAGUUUAUUGUCUGUAAAUAAAAUAUAUAUAUAUAUAUAUAUAUAUUGUGUGUUAAAUUUCACCUUUUCCCUUUUGGUUUUUUUUUUUUUUUGUUAACUUGUUUGAUUUUGCACCCCCAAUAGAAUCAAUCCAACUAUUUUUAUUU